UACGACUAGAGUUUUACAUGUUGAGAUAUGGUUGUACAUAUGAACAGUAAUACAUGGUGUUACUUCAAGCUAAAAUAUAUAAAGGGUGAGUGAUCGAUUUCCAGGCUCAUUCAGUUUCUCUCUCGGGUUCUAUUUGGCGGAAGGAAAUUGAUAGUAUAUAAGCACUCAACGUAUAUAGGACAAUAAUAAUAAAACCGAAAAAACGAUGAAUAGUCACUUGCAAAAGGUUGAAUUAAUGGAUGAAACCGAGGAUGCACCGAAGCAUGAAGACGAUAUACGGAAGUUACAAGACGAUGUACUAAAAGAUCGAGAGGAUAGCCUGAACGGUCACGAGGAUUUACUGAGUGAUCACGAGGAUAUACUGAAUGGUCUAGAUGAUGUGCAGACAUAUGUGAAGCAAAUUGCUUGGCCCCAAUACAGAAUAAAACACAAGCACGGUGCCACUCAAAUGCGUCUUUGUAAACGUAAUGAAGAUCUUGUUAACGCUUCAAGCAAUGCGUGUACGUCGGUGGUAUUUCGUAGGGCGAAAGUAUGGAAUGUGCGUUGGUUCAAUGCAGAUGAGAAUACCUACUAUAAUAUGCCGUUUACAUAUGUAAAGCGAGGUAGUUCCCGCAAUCCACCAUUAUUUAUCGGAAUGCAUGGAGGGGGCAAUUGCCCAGAGUACGCUAAUCAGAGACAGUUUGUCAACCACAAGCAUCUGUACUCCAAUAUAGUCGAUGGCAUUUAUUUAGUUCCUCGUGCCCCUACGAACUCCUGGAACAUGUGGUUUCGACGAGAAGUGCGUCCCCUUUUUGAUGCCAUUAUUUGUAAUAUGAUUGUUAAUGAAAACGUGGAUAGUAACCGUGUGUAUCUGUUCGGUUAUUCGGCUGGUGGGGAUGGUGCGUUUCAAAUGGUUCCUUUGAUGGCUGAUCGUCUGGCAGCAGGAGCGGCUAUGGCUGGUCACCCUAACGAUGCCAACUUUACUAACCUGUGCAACACGCCCUUUGCGAACUAUUGCGGACAGUCUGACAACGCGUACCACCGCAACACGGCAAAUGUUAAAGUGGGAGAACGACUGUGUGCAAUGCAGAGAGACCAUCGGAACGAAGGCCUGUAUGAGAACGUGCUCAGCGUACAGUACCCAACUGGCCACUGGAUGGACAAAAGGGACGAGGCCGCGAUAGAUUGGAUGGCGUCUAGCAUACGAAACCCUAAACCCAAAAGGAUUAGAUGGCGGCUGACACAUGGAGAGGGUGCGACAGAGACUCGGUUUUUUUGGUUACUGUUUCGCUGUGCUUGUGGCAUGUCUAAUAAUAGACCACCAACCCUCGUGGAGGGUCACGCGGAUAGGCAAACCAUUCAUGUUUACUUUUCCGGUCAUAGCUACCGUGCUGGCGAUUCCAUUGUGUUGCUAUUGAGUGACGGGAUGGGGUGGGAUCACACCAAGCCACUCACGGUGUGCCUUGUCAAUCGUGAUGAUGCGUCGACGCAGGAACUCGAAGUUGCUGAGCGUAAACUGCGCAAAUCUGUGGUGCGGAAGUCGCUGGAUUUGUGGGGCGAUCCCAAUAUGGUCUAUGCCACUGAAGUGGAGGUCGAUCUGAAACACCUAUUCGAAUUGAGUGUGCAGACGACAAAUAGUAACGUUGGAAAUUCUGAGAGUUAGCGUAUAUGAGGAUUAGCUAUACAAGGAGAUAAGAGUACCUAUAUAAGGAGUUGGCGUAUAUGAAUCGUACCUAUAUAAGGAGUUAGCGUAUAUGAAUAGCACCUAUGUAAGGUGAUAGUGUAUAUAAAUAAUGUGUAUACAAGGAGUGUUUGACCCUUGUAUGUAGUUCUUUGUGCGGCAGAGUUACCAGCAAUGAUUAUCAUGAGGGAUUUGAGUUUGUUGUGCUGGCAACAGCAUGGUUUCGCAGAAGUUUAAUGCGAAAAAAAGUAUAUAAAAGCAACAUUUCCAAUCGACAGCACCGGAUGAUUUGUAUAGGUCGCAUCAAUCGACAACAUAUUUGAUCAGUACCAAUCGACAAUGUAUAAUAUUAUUAAUAAAAAAUUACCAUGCAUUUGCAUAGGUCUGUAAAUAUCCCC